AUGUUUGGUCAGCCUCAGCCAGUCCUGGUUCCACCGUCUCAGACCCACCACCUGGGGGCCGGAAAGGCUGGCAAAGGAGCAGGAAGGAGAACAUCCCUGAUCAACUCGCCCUCCUGGUGGCGUGCCGCAUGCCCGAACCAGCGGAGUCAGCGUUGCAGAAGUAACGCUGGCUCCACCCCAAUCUGUGAGGCCAUCGGCAGACAGAUGUUGUGCUGCAGUCGCAGGAUCCCUUUGCACGAGCUUGAGACCCAAAUCGACGUCAUCGAUGCAGCCACCAUCAAGGCGUGCACCAAACAUAUCUUCAACAAAGUUCCUGCCAUAGCAGCCAUUGGUCCAAUCGAGCAGCUUCCUGACGACACCCAGAUCUGCAGCGGAAUGUUCUGGAUGAGGAGGUAAGUCACACUCUCUGUUUUCAAAUCCCCUUGUCCUCGCAUGGGUCGCAGGAUUGCUGGAGCCUCCCCCGGCUGUCUUCGGGCCGUCGGCAGAGGGGAGGGGGCACCCUCAACCGACUGACAGCCAAUUAAGAAACAACCAUUUGCACCGUGGGGCAAUUAACCUCUGGUGGAAAUGGUUGUUUCUUGAUUGGCUGUCAGCCGGUUGAAGGUGCCCCCUCCCCUCUGCCGACGGCCCGAAGACAGCCGGGGGAGGCUCCAGCAAUCCUGCGACCCCGACCCUUGCGAGGGGACAAGGGAAUGAGAAAAUGGAUGGGAGGGUGGACACCCACGCCAGCAAGAAGAGAACACAGAAGCGUGACCGGCCGGAGCUGGAUUUGAACCCUGGACCUCUGCGUUCGCACUCCAACGCACUAACCAGUCGACCAUGGAGCCGGCCCAGCAUCACACUCAAACGUAUAAAUGACAACAUAAAACACCUGUUUUUUUUU